AUGUCAGCCGCUUCCACCUCAUCCUCCUCAGACCAACCCGCGCCCAAAAGCCUAACGGUCUCGACUCCCAGGACCCUCGCCUUUGCCUCGAUCAUCUGGCCGACCGGCUCAGGAGGGAGACGGACGGAGGCGGAGAUCGACCAGGCCCACCAAGCCCUACGCCGGCUGAUCCUCACCGACCCGUACGACGAGAUAGAAGCCACCCAGCUCAGGGCUACUACCUGGAAGAUCUUGCUCGGCUCGCUCGAGUGUCCCGCCGCUUACUACUUCGACCUCGCCAACAGACCCCAAUCUACUUGGUACCCCAAGAUCCGUAACGAUACCUUCCGCACCCUGGCCACCGAUAGCUCCUUCAAACAGCGCGUCCAUGAAGACAUGCUCGUCAGGCUCUUGGAGAGCUUUGUCUGGAGGUCUCACGACCUGUCUGAAAACCCACUAGACGCCACCGACAGACCGUACGACUUCACAUACGUCCAAGGCAUGAACGUCUUAGCGGCACCCUUCCUGUACACGAUGCCAUCGGAACUGGAGGCCUUCUAUGCGUUCACCAGGUUCAUCGAGUUCCAUUGUCCGCUAUACGUCCAACCUACUCUGGAGGGCGUCCAUCGAGGCCUGAAGUUGUUGGACGAAUGUCUUAAAAUUGUGGAUCGGGAAUUGUUCGAUUACUUGCGGUCUAAAAACCUAGCUGCAGAAAUCUACGCCUUUCCAUCGGUCUUGACGUUUUGCGCCUGUACUGAGCCGCUCGACCAGGUCCUGCAAUUGUGGGAUUACUUGCUGGCCUUCGGCGUCGGGCUGAAUGUUCUCUGUGUGAUCUCGCAGCUGUACAUGAUGAGAGAUCGGGUCUUGGCUCAUCCGUCGCCGAUGGCUCUUUUACGAAAGUUUCCAACUUUGGAGGCCCGCGAAGUGAUCAUGUUGACAAACGUAUUCAUCCGCGAACUGCCCAAGUCGUUGUACGAUAAGAUUGUCCGGCAUCCAUUCGAGAGUCACAUCAUCGACAAAUAA